AAGUGCUGAAGACGAUGAACCUGGAUCCCUGCUUCCAAGUGGGAAUCUAUGCUAUCCACAUAGCUGCCGCAAGUGCUACAACGACUGUUUGAACAAACUUAUGACGCUGUGCGACAGCCCGCAGGCCAUGACCUUCAACGAUGCCCUACGGCAGCCGUACAAAGGCACCAAGCUGAGGAAGAAAGCCGAGACCGUGGACUCUGAAACCUACAUGGUGGACGUGGGAAGCAAGGCGCCGACGGCCACGGACACAGUCGUGCAGCUGUACUCCAUCGACACGCACUCAGUAUCCAGGGUGUACUGCGUCGUCUUCAGCAGCAGGAAGCUCAGCGACCUGCAUAUGGGCCUAACAAAUAAGUGUUACGGAUUUAGGAUUAUACGCAGAAUUGUGUUCGUGGAUGACACCCUGCCAGAAAACUUUGCCAAAGCAUACGAUGAAUACGCCCUGACUCAUUCGCGGUGCUACCAGCCGCACCCUGAUAUGAGGCCCAAGGAGCAGCACUACCUCGUGGUGGAGAGCGACUACUGUGGUCCCAGUGUCCUCCAUUCUAAGAUCAAGCCCGCGCAAGCGAUCAGCAUCAUCGGCCAGGUCGCGUGCACGUUGGCGGUCGCUGAACGAGAGCUGCAGUUCGAGCACCGGAACCUGCUCGAGGAAAACAUCAGGGUGCUGCCAUCCACGAGCAAGAACCACCACUUCCUCAUCGACGGCCGCACUUGUUGCGUCAAGGGAGGCGGCCUCAAGGUCACCCUCGUCGACGACAACUUCGGCCGCAUGACUUACAACAAUGAAAUCAUCUUGCGCAUGAGGAACUACAAUUGCGUCUACAAAGACAAGACGGCCCAAUACCUCACCCUGGAAAGGGUAAUAAAGAAUCGCUGGGACCUGUUCCACCCGCAGACCAACGCUGUGUGGCUGGCGUACCUGUGCGGCCACCUGAGCGACUACCUGACCGUGCCCAACCCGUCUGGCGAGUGGCAGCGCAGACUGGAGCUGCUGGCGUUCAUGCAGCGUGACCUGCAUCGGUUCCACUCAGCCGAAGAGUUCGUGUGGAACUACAUCACCAGGAUUGGCCAUGUGCAUGAAGAUCACGGUUACCAGCCGCACUCUUGGGAAAACCGCACGACGUCCAGCCAGCCCAUAUACACGGGCCUUCUGAGAAUGCUGCACUGGAGAGACAAGAAGAAGGACGACCCUCCGGGGCCCUCGACGAAUCCGGGCCCUCCUCAGGGAGGUGCUUCCAGUGCUCCAGCGCAGCUCGAUAGACGGCGGCCGCACUAGUUAGGCGCCUCGACCUCACACGCUGGCAUAGUUCCCGGCCUGGCGCCCUUAGCGCACCCUUAAACGCACUAAAUAAGAUUAGUAUGCGCGAAACGUGAAACAUGCGUAACUUUUAUGCUCGCCCAGCAGAAGCACGAUUUGUACCUGGUUUGGCCAUAUCCGAAACAAAGCGCAAACACUGUUCCACAUCGAGGAAAAUUUCAACAACUUGUUCGCGUUUGCGUUUGGCCAUGGAAAGUGCCUUCAUACAGAAAAUAUUUAAAUGCUAUUUGAUAUAAGAAAGUGUUUAGCUUAGUAAUUGUUAAUUAGUGAUUGGUUUGCUGUAAUACAUCCAAUAGAAAGCUCGCUUCAGAAACACUGCUCUCAGUGUUCCGGGCGUGUAUCGGAGUUUUGAGCUUUCAAACACUAUGUUUGGUUAUACGCCCCGUGGGGCAGGUGCAGGGGCUAUCUCGUUCAGCGGCUAAGCUGAAGAUCGCGGGUUCGAUUUCCCGGCGUGGCGGCCGUAUUUCAAUGGGGAAAAAUGUAGUAACGUUUGUGUAUUCAAAUUUAGAGAGAGAGAGAGAGAGAGAGAGAAGAACGAAGAGGUAAACGCAGAGGUAAACGCAGAGGUUAACCAAGAACAUGUCCGGUUGCCUACCCUACACUUGGAGAGAAGAAAAGGCGGAAAUAGAUAAAGGAAGGAAAAGAAAAAUAAUGAAGUAAUUAUUGUCAGUCGCUUCCUAAAGUGCCUUUAGCAUUGCAACAUAAAAUAAACUUGGCAGAAGGGUACGCAUUUUGGCGUGUUGGUUCAUGACUACUAGCAGAAAACGGCGCUAAAGGAUAGAACGAACAGAAGGACAAAGGCCACAGCGCUAACAAGCAAGUGUUUUUAUUUAUUCGGUCAGCACAUAUGUACUCGUAUAUACAGGGUGAUCAAAGUUAAGUUGACAGUUUUUUUAAAUUUAGACACAGAGACCUACGUGAAGACCACCUCUCCCGUAGGGUUAUGUGGCGAGGGGUGCACAAAGUGAGAUGAUAAUUAUUGUUGUUAGCAGUGCAAUCAACGAAAAUUGAAUAAUUAACUUUUGACUGGCUAUAGUAAGCUGGCACGUUUGUAUUGAAAAGUUAGAGGCAGUCGUGUUUCUACAGAGUUCCACUUGGCAGAAUUCUUCUGGCCUAUCCGUGGUUUGAGAUAUCGAAUAUCGAACUGCGAAGUUUAAUUCCCGUUCGCAUGAUUACGCAUGCAAGAGAGUGAGGACCGGCGCAAAGCCCCUCCCUUAUCUCGGUAUGACAGAAGCUACCAUCGUUACAGGCUGCACGGCUCCGUGUUUUGAUAGUGGUUCCGAUUUCUGCGCUCUGCGAUUACUUCAGCCCAGAGUGAAAGGGCGAAACAUGUUUUGAUAGUGGUUCCGAUUUCUGCGCUCUGCGAUUACUUCAGCCCAGAGUGAAAGGGCGACAGUUAACACUUUUGCCUAUGCCUCCUCCCCGUCGUCAGACUGAACGGCGUACGCAAAAGGCGCGUUACAUAAGGGAGAAGCUUUGCUCCCCCUUAUGUGGGUAAUACAGGUUAACAUCCACAGCGUAGCGCCUUCCCUGAGAAGCUGUGGCAUGCACGUUUUUCGGCAAAUUCGAAGUCCCUGUUGCGUAAACACAAAAGGCUUCUGGUCAUCAAUGCAGACGACCAGAAAAAAAAGGAAGCCACAAGAAACGCCGGAACUUGGCACUUACUUGACCUCAGCUUGAGCGAAUAAAGAAAUCAAAGCGACGAA